GUGAAUAUAAAAUUGUCGUACUUGGUAGUGGUAGUGUUGGUAAAACAUCAUUGACUACACAAUUUGUACAAGGAUUAUUUGUUGAAGCAUAUGAUGCAACAAUUGAAGAUAGUUGUCUAAAACACAUAGAAAUCGAUGGACAACAAUGUAUGCUUGAAAUUUUGGAUACUGCUGGAACAGAACAAUUUACUGCUGUGCGAGAUUUAUAUAUGAAAAAUGGUCAAGGAUUUGUACUUGUAUAUUCAAUAACUGCUCAAUCAACAUAUAACGAACUUAUUGAUUUACGUAAUACAAUCCUUGAAGUAAACGAUAUUUCUAAUGUACCAAUGGUAUUAGUAGGAAAUAAAUGUGAUCUUGAAGAUGAACGUAUAGUUGGAAAAGAAGUCGGCCAAGCAUUAGCAAACAAUUGGAAUUCAAUAUUUCUGGAAACAUCUGCAAAACAAAACAUAAAUGUUAAUGAGGUAUUUGUUGAACUUGUUCGUCAAAUAAAUAAACUAACAACAGUAAAUAAAGAUAAAACAACGAAAAAUAAAAAUUCUAGUGAGACCAGUAAUACAAAUCCAUCAGCAUCAGAUAUAACGAAGGAUGUUGAUAUCUCACAAACAAAUGAACCAAAGAAAACAUCUGUUUCAAAAAAUCAACAUUUUUGUAUACUUCUAUAA